AUGCUAUGGCUGAGCUGUCUGCACUGGACGCUCUUUCUUGGUGGCCAUGGACACGACGAAUAUCCGGCUGCAGACCAACCGGACUACUGGAACCAAGUCUACAAAGUGCAAAGCCUGCACGGGCGCUCCCUGUACGAGUGGUACGGCCUUGGCUACCAGCAACUGCGCGGUUCUUUGAUGGAGCUGCUCGAGCCGCCUGCUUACUCCACCACAGCGAGGCUGCUGGUGCUCGGAAGCGGCGACUCCGCUCUGAGUGCCGAGCUGGCUUCGGACAAGGUCUUCGAGAAGCGGAAUGUCGAGGUCAUCAGCAUCGACUUCUCUGCUGAGGUGACAGAACGGAUGAGGCGGAGAUUCCCUGAUUUAGCUUUCCUCACAAUGGAUGCCAGGAACAUGUCAGAUUUCGAUGAUGGCUCUUUUGUAGCUGCCAUUGACAAAGGCUUGUCUGACUGCCUCGGCACAGUUGCGUCGCGGAGACAGUACUUCCAGGAGGUGCGACGGGUGCUUGUUCCAACCGGCCGGCUGCUUGUGGUGUCGCAGCGAAGGCUGUGGGCAGGUCAAGUUACUCGGUUGCAGGUAGAAAACGAUGAGCCAGAUACCUUCCGUGAGCGGCACUCAGAGGCUGAUGACCUGGGACCCGGCUGGGCCUGCAAGGAGCAGGAGAUGUAUGGGCCCCUCUUUAUGGAGAGUGACGAGAAGCAGCCUCCCUUUCCACAGCCGGGCACGGAAGGUUGGCUUGCCGCGUUUCUUCGACUGAUGGCGGCAGUUGAGAUGUCAGAAAACAAUGCGCUGCACAGGGGUGGUGCCGGCAUUGGGCUGCUGUUCAUUUUGCCGAGGCUGAUAGCAUCCUUGCUCGGAGCUCCUCGGGCCGCCCCUCUGCCGAGCGUCUUGCAAGACGUUGCUGUUAACUUUGGGGCCAUGGUUUUCUGUGGCUUCUUGACUUACCAGGAGUGGAAUCAGGACUCCGUGCGGUCCCAAGCCAAGGAGGAGGGAGCGUUGAUCGCGCGGCUUCCAGUGCAAGUCCCGAUUGAUGGAGAGGUUGUUGAUGUCCAGUUGAGUGACCUCAGAGUGGGGCGACGGAUGAAGUCGCGGCGGCCGGUCCUUUGCCUUGGGAAUCUCAAGUUCUGUCAGGACUGCAUCGAUGCCUCCAUGGCGGUUCAGGAGGCCAUGAUCCGUACGGACUUCCUGCUUGUGCCCAUGCUUUGCAAUCCUUCCGAAGAUGAUGUGCCUGCCCUGGCUGCAGCGGUGAAAGACUUGAGCUUCGUGGCACUGCCUGGGAAGGAUCCAAAAGGAGAUUGGGCACUGCUCUCCGAGAUUCAACUCGCGCAGGUUCGCAGUCAGGGCUUGGAUGAGGACGUUGGCCAGGCCAUCAUCAUUAAAAAGAAUGGGCGUGUUGGCACUCGAUUCCUCGGAGUGCCGGACUGGAAAUCUUUAACUGCUGAGGUGGACGCGCGUGUGAAACUGGGAUUGGACACAAGAAACGUGUGA